CUGACUCCUGACAAGUUCACUCCUGGAGGCCAGCUCCUUCUCCUCAUAGUGUCUGUCCACUGUUCCUGGAUUACAUACAGUACCACGAAGGGGCCACGAUGGAAGAAAGCCAGAAUUAAUAUUCCCUUUAUUUGUGCCAGAGCUGACCCUCACAGAAUACCAACAUUGACUUAUACCACGAAGCCCAUCUGGUUAUUCACAGCCUGUCUUUCAUUAUGUCUCUGGGGUCCAGCUGUACAACGUGCACCCUGCACUUAAUCAUUCUUCUCAUCUGUUGCUGUACUUGCAUUCAUUCAAAAGGCCCAUCCUUCAAGCCAGAAACAUCCUACAGAUAUCACUACACCAUAGAUUUAAAGAUAGACCAUGUCUCCCAGGUGUCUGUGCCAGGAACCAGUUUAAAGUUUGAUGCUAACAUACAGACUCAUGUGCUAUGGAGAAAUAAAAACAAUCAAGAUGAUCAGCUGGUAAAUGUACAGAUCCAGGAUUUUGUGUUCCAACAUCUAUCAAGCAAGAACAAUGUCACUGGAGAAGAUUUCACUUUCCAACAACUGUCAACCAGCAACAUGCUUCGUCCUGUGCUCUUCCACUGGACCUCUGGAGAGGUGGUCGGCCUGUAUGUUACCAAAGACGACAAUGGACAAACCCUAGAAUUGAAAAAAGGACUUGUCAGCCUGUUUCAGUUUCAGCCCCUCACAGGGAUUUACACAGAGGAAGAUGUCACAGGUAAAUGUAGUGUUACCUAUGUCACAUCCAAUGAUCUCAUCAAAAAGACGAAACACCUUCGCAGCUGUACAAAUUCUCCAUUAGAGUUUGACUCCGAUGAAAAGGUUUUGGGUGUUUCUUGGAAUUCCACCAGUCGGGGACACGCACUUCUUAAUCACAGUAUAAUACAGACCGCUACAUCGGAGGAAAACCACACAGUCUCACUGCGUGUGAAAUCAAAUCUUGGUUCACAUAUUACUUCCAGGCAAGUGAUGGAGCUCAUAGCAACUUCUCCAGGAUCUCCUGAGGUUCAUGGAAUCAGUUUUGAGAAGGUACUGGAAGAGCUACCUGAGAAGUACCAGAAAAUAGAGAUCACAAGUCACCAAUUGGAACGUUCCAAAGAAAAUUUCACGCUUCCAAAGUACUUGGAAUUUACGAAGACAAAAUCACUUAAACUAAACGUUGCAAAAGCUUCAACUACCAGAGAAUUCCACAAGAUGGUGAAGUUCUUCCGGCAUGCCAAGAAAAGCGACAUUCUUCAGUACUUACAAAAGGCUUCUGGUGACUUACUUCCAUUUCUGCUUGAUGCUGUGGUAAUUGCACAAACGCCAGCAACAGUAUCUGCCCUGUCUGAGUUCUUGGACUUCAGUAAGAAGAAACAGGCCCCAAGGAAUGAGAAGUUUCUUUAUUCCGCAGCUUUCGCACCAAACCCUUCAAUGGACCUUCUUAAUCUGGUGUUAGAAAAACUGAAAGGCAAAGUAAAUGAUCCCUCUGUGAUGGAAACGGGAAUUAUAGUAAUGGGGGCAAUUAUUGGCAAGUUGUGCAGGAUGGGGCUGUGUGAUUUCGAGGAUGUGCAGCGUGCAAAGGCCACACUUGUGAAAGGACUGAAUAAUGCAGAAGACGACGUUGAGUUGAAAAUAUACCUCCUUUCUUUAAAAAAUGCCCAGCUUCCCGAAACAAUCGACCUUCUUCUUGACUAUGCAGAGGAUAACUCGGGAGUUGUGUGCAGCACUGCACUCUUAGCUUUAAAAGACUUUCCAGCAGAGCAUAUCUCUACAAAGGAGGUGAAGGACACAUUAAAAAACAUUUUCCAUCAAACACAUCAAAAGUACCAUAAAAAAUGUCGACUGAUUGCAGCUGAGAUUUUACUGGCUACAGAUUAUUCACACGCAAACCUGAUUAAGACUUUAUUGAGUGCAAACUCGAUUGACAAGGAAACAACAAAACUACUGCUCUCCAAAAUCCAGAACAGACUGACCUUCAAACAUCCUUUAAUGAAACCUUCAAACACCGUUCUGGAAAAUAAAUAUCUAAAUUACAACGAGUUUUCACAGCCUGGGAGUUCCACCAGCUUCUCUGGACUUCUCACUGCCAACGAGAAUAUGGUUUCUACUUUUGGUGUGGAUCUCUUGUUCACGGAGACGGGGUUCCUGAAGAGGAGUGUAUCAGACAUUACGUUAUUUGAUCAGGUCCAUCAGUUGAAGGCAAUGCAGGUUUCUAUAGAAGCACAAGGAUUAGAAUCUCUAAUAGGAGGAGGAUCCGCAGAAGAAAGUGAAGAUGAAGCUAUGGUUGGGAUGUCGGCAACUUUGUUUGAUGUCCAGUUGCGUCCAGUGGUAUUUUUUGAAGGUUACAUGGACCUAAUGUCGAAAGUGUUUUCAAGUAGUGGUGACCCCAUCAGUGUGGUCAAAGGAACUGUGCAGCUCAUUGACUACAAUCAACAUUUGCCAUUGCAGUCCGGGUUACAACCUAUUAUUGAGUGCCAGGUUGGGAUUGGACUGGAUAUCCUGGCCAAAAUUGAUGUCAUGCUUUGGGAGCAGAAAUGUAAAACGAACGUCAAUACCACGGCUGGACUUGUUAUGGAGUUUAACACAGGACUAGACACCUCAUUCUUUAAAGCAGACUUGAAGUCACAUGUUGAAGCAGAAACCACAGUAAGCUUGGAUUCCAUGAUGGCAUUGGUAAGCUCUCCAAUGGACCUCUGCAUCGAGUUAUCUCAUGGAGACCUUCCAUAUAGAGAAACAUACAUCCUUUCUGAAUACUUUGCAGAGAAGAAUAUCACACAUACCAUACAGAAGGGAAGGAAAUCGACGGUGUGGGGGAGAGACUUCCCGUUGAGCACUGCCAACUCACAGAUGUGUAGUAGAGUAAAAUAUGAAGAAGAUCAAUAUAACUCAUAGAUCACUGUGUCAGGGACACCAAGCUCUCUCUUCCCGUCCCAAAUCGCAGACAGAGUUUUUAAGAAGAAAAUAAACCAUUUUGAAGAAAAUCUAUUCAUUUCAGUA